AUAUUUGCGGUAUGAAAAUAUGAUUGUUUGCAGCGUUCCGUUGAUUUCCUUUCGCAUGUGGAAUUUAUUGUGAUCAUAACAGAGGAAUAAUUGAAGACAAUACAACGUAUUUAGUCAGUAUCUAACCGAGCCUGGUUUCGCGAGGUGCUUGACGAAGGCUUUAUUUAUUCACGAUGGAUCCAAAGUUUACGUUUAUAUUAUUAAUUAUGACGGUACCCCUAGCGAAGGGUGCUGUGCCGGGAACAUUCUUUUGGAAACCUCGACUGGGCCUCGAUUUGGCUAUACCAACUACAGAGCCAUCGGUGAUAAUUAACAAGCCGAACCACGAGAACAUUAACGCUGGUCUAGCGGUGCUGGUGGACGGUUAUCAGGCUGGGUUGACCAUUAUAUCAUUUGCUGCCGGUAUAUCCAGUGCCAAGACUUUUCCACACCUAAAUCCGUUCUCCGCAUAUUUCUACACGAAUACUUACAGAUGGGCAUUGCGAUAUUUCAGCCUUAUACCGUUUUGGCUCGGAGGCCACGGAGGGAAUUAUUGCGAUACCCACAAAACCUGGCGACGACGUUUUUACUACAUGGAUGAGUUUCUUCCAAAAUGGAUGAGGAAUCUAUUCCCAUAUGUAGAUAAAGCUGAGUGGGACCACGAGGAAUGGGAAUGGAGAAGAUUUAAGAAGUAUGCAGAACCUGCCUUUGGUAAACAUUAUCGGUAUCCAUCGAAAAGAUUCCGCAAUUUCAAGAGCGCAGAGACUAAAGAGACCAUUGAAAAUAUGGAUCAGUCUGGAAAUUCUAUUUUAGGAUAACUACAUCUGAGUAAGGAAGUUAAACGUUGUAAUUAAAUAAUAUCAUAAAAGCAUUGACUAAGUACACAGCCAUUCUAACCCAAUGUUUAUAUGUUUGUACAGUCUAAACAUACGCAAAAAGCUUUAAUUAUGUACAAUACCACAUUUUACACUUUGUCAAAGAAUGUCCAUUUCAUAAACAUUAUUUAAGUAUUUGAAUGUGCGACCACUCUGUAUUAAUCGAAAAAAUUCGGGUUUAUAAUAUUUUAUAUAAUUUAAGCAAUUCUAUAAAAAAUGCAAUCGUUAAAGGAAAUGGAAGAGAAGUUUCAAAUGGUGCAGAAACACGUAUCGACUACACGCCUCAAUAAAUAAGCAUUCUGCCUUUGUAGCAAAUUUUAAAGUUGAUAAAGUGUU